AUGGAGAGAACUCCAAUCUGCUGCACUUUUGCUUCACUGGUCGCUUUGCUCGUCCUCCUCUUCCUUCCUGUGAGGUCUUGGUGUAAAGAAGAGAACUAUAGAUCCCUGUCAGAGGCUAACACAGAGUGCUGUCAGGAUGUGGACAUAAGGAGGUUUGAUGACAUCGAUUACGACAGCUUUGUGAGUCUGAUGGGAAGGAGAAGUACUGCUCAAACAACCAGACACAGAAAUGCCCCAAUGUCAAGAAAAAGACAAAUGGAUGACAUCCUGGCUGAUCUGCUGUGGCGGAGGGCAAGACAGGAAUGUGUGUGUACACAGAAGUCUUUACAGAGGGGCAGAGGCUGAUUCUUCAAUCCUGAGAGGCAGAGGUUACAACUCCCCAGAAUGAAGAUGACGCAGCUCCACCAUUUCAACUUCAGUCUCUCACACUGCGGACAACAGCUACUGUAUAAUAAGAGUAUUAUGUUAUAUAAACAAAAAAUCAUGUUAACCACCUACACUAAAAAAUGUAAAAUAAGACAAGAUGUACAAUAAAAUAUGCAUUUAUUUAUAGUGAUUUAAGAACCAUUCACAGAAACAUACCCUGCCCACGUGUGCUCAACCACUCACAUAAGUAAAGACAAGACACAAACACUGUCUGUUCAGACGUCAAUAUAAACAUAGACAUUUAAAAUAUAAAUACUUUACUGUACAACUUUACCCUUUGAUCAAAUUGUUGCAGGAGACAGCCCCAAUAAGAUGGGGCAGUUAUCAACGAGUUGCUAGGGCAAGUGUUGGUGAUGCAAAAACACUGUCAAAAUCAGUCCAAAACUUUUUAUUUCACUUGGAAACAGGGGUGAACAGAAUUUUUGGAACCCGACCGAUAUAUUGGUUGGAUGGAAAUAUUGCGCAUAUGAGCCUUUUGUGGACAUAUCUGUAUUGGCAUUUAAAAACGUGUUUAUGAUGUAU